AUGGAAGCUGAGCAGAUGCAAGAGAAUCUUAAGUCAGCUAAAGUUGGCAAUAAGGAUAAAACUGAUAAAGAAGAUUCUAGCAGCAGCAGCAGCGAAAGCGUUAGACGAAAAGAAAAGCGUAAAAAAAAGAAGAAAACAAAAAAGGAGAAAAAGGAAAAAAAGAAGCAUAAAAAGCACAAGGGCCAUAAGGUAAAUCUUGUCUUUAGCUUAUUUGCUUUUUUUGUUUUACUUGAAACUUGUUUCCAGAGAAAACAUUCUGCAAGGUCUGAUAGUGGUGACGAAUGGGUCGAAGUCACUAACGAGAUGCGUCAAGCUGAAGCUGAGAGGGUUAAACAGCAGGAGGCAGAGUUGAUUGGUCCUUCAAUUCCUGAUCAUUUGCUCCAGAAAAACUCGUUACUUCACGACCAUGCGAAACAUGUCAACUACGGAAAGGACAUGCUUCGCGGUGAGGCUGCUGCAAUGGCUGCCUAUGUCGCCCAAGGUAAAAGAAUCCCACGAAGAGGUGAAAUCGGUUUGUCUUCUGCGGAAAUCGCUGAUUUUGAGAAAAUUGGUUACGUAAUGAGCGGUACACGUCAUAAAAGUAUGGAGGCUACUCGUCUACGUAAAGAGAACCAGGUGAUGACCGCGGAAGAGAAACGAGUCUUAAGUGGCUUCACACAAGAGGAGCGGAAAAAGAAGGAAGAGCUUGUUUUACAGCAGUUUAGAAGUUUUAUUGAUUCUAAGAAAAACAAAAGCUGA